AUGACGUUGGUGAUGCCGUCAGAUGACUCAGGAGAUGAAGGCCCUGUACCUCAGGAGGACCGAGCCCUAACCCAAGGGGUGCUCAAGACUCUGGCCAGCAAGCUAGAUGACCUGAGCACCUGUAAUGAGCUGAUAGGAAAGCACGGCGCCGCCCUCCAGCGCUCCCUCAGCGAACUCGAGGAACUGCGCGGAUCCGCUGACAGCACAGACAAAGUGAAAGCUGUUAACGAGCGAGCCACCCUCUUCCGCAUCACCUCCAAUGCUAUGAUCAAUGCUUGUCGUGACUUUCUGGACGUAGCAGAAUCUCACAGCCGGAGGUGGCAAAAGGCCCUGCAGUAUGAGAGAGAACAGCGUAGCCAUCUGGAGGAGACCAUCGAACAGUUAGCCAAACAGCACAACAGCUUAGAGAGAGCCUGGAGGGAGAACCCCACCUCAUAUACAGGUGUGGAGCGGUCUCAGGAGGGGGAUGCGAGUGAUGAGAAUGAUGAAGCAGAGUUCUUCGAUGCCAUGGAGGAGUCCCCUGCAUUCAUAACCGUGACUGCUAGUGGCAACACACAGCACAAGCGCUCAGGGAGUAAUCAGAGUAUGAUGAGUGGAGGAAUGUCCAAUGACUGGACUCACAAUGAGAAUGACACCUCAGGCACAAACCACAUGCAGCUAGGAAGAACAAGACGCAGUCGUAUUCCUGACAAACCAAAUUACUCCCUUAACCUGUGGAGCAUCAUGAAGAACUGCAUUGGCAAAGACUUGUCCAAGAUACCCAUGCCUGUAAACUUUAACGAACCGCUGUCGAUGCUGCAGCGGCUGACUGAGGAUCUGGAGUACAGCGAGCUUCUGGACCGGGCGGCUCGCUGUGACUCCUCUCUGGAGCAGAUGUGCCUGGUGGCUGCCUUUUCUGUCUCCUCCUACUCCACCACAGUCCACCGUACAGCCAAGCCCUUCAACCCUCUGCUGGGGGAGACUUACGAGCUGGACCGAUUGGACGAGUACGGUUAUCGCUCCAUCUCUGAACAGGUCAGUCAUCACCCACCAGCUGCCGCUCACCAUGUGACGUCACAGCGAGGAUGGACCCUGUGGCAGCAUAUCACUAUUGAUAGCAAGUUUCGUGGGAAAUAUAUUUCUGUCCUGCCAUUAGGAAACAUUCACCUGCAGUUCCACUCAAGCGGAAACCACUAUGUGUGGAGCAAAGUGACUUCAACGGUGCACAACAUUAUUGUGGGGAAACUUUGGAUUGAUCAGUCUGGGGACAUUGACAUUGUAAACAACACUACCAAGGACACCUGCCGUCUCAAAUUCUCCCCCUACAGCUACUUCUCCAGAGAAGUCCCACGUAAAGUGACAGGAGUGGUAGAGGACAGAGAGGGCACCGCCCGUUAUAUCCUGUCAGGAACCUGGGACGACAAGAUGGAGAGUGCCAAAAUAGUGGACAGCAGCCAAGGAUGUGGAGGCUCUGAAGGCAAACAAAAGACAGUUUAUCAGACUCUUCAGCCCAAACUCUUGUGGAAGAAAUAUCCUCUUCCAGACAAUGCAGAGAACAUGCACUUUUUCUCCUCCUUGGCUCUGACUCUCAAUGAACCAGAAGAGGGUGUUGCGCCCACUGACAGUCGCCUGCGGCCAGACCAGCGGCUGAUGGAGGCAGGUCUGUGGGAUGAGGCAAACGUCCAGAAGCAGCGUCUGGAGGAGUGUCAGAGGAUAGAGAGGAAGAGAAGGGAGGCUCAAGCCAAUCAGGCCCUAGAGGAAGGGCAAGACAUUGAGGGUUACCAGCCACUGUGGUUUGAGAAAAGGACCGAUGAUUCAACAAGAGAAAGCACCUACGUCUACAGGGGAGGCUACUGGGAGGCCAAAGAAAGACAAGACUGGAGCCAAUGCCCUGAGAUCUUCUAGGACAAACAUACACCGUGGCAUCAAACAGGCUGAGUGGCUCCUCCUGCUGUAAGGACAGCUGUUUGUAUGUGGAUGUGUGUGUGUCCAGGGGGGCGUGAACCAGCUGUUGAAAGAAGCCGCCACUCCCAGAAUUUCAAGCACAAAACAAGCUCCUGCUUCCACCUACUAACCUACUCUCUUCUGCUCUAUUAUAACUUGUGUUUUCAGAAUGCAUGGCCUCAGUUUCUGUGUGUUGUGUGUGUACGCUUACUCAGCACUGCAGAGAACUAAUUUAUGAGAGUACAUGAAGUUCUCGUGUGUGUGUCAAAGUGUGCACGGGGCUCAAAUGUUGACAUAUGCUUUACAGAGAAAUGAUUUCUACGCCAAAACACUCUGGUUACAGUGGGUGUGUUACGGGAUAACUUGGGGGCAAGGAGUUGUACAAGAACUGAAUGUCUUGUUCUCCCCAAAGCUGGAACAUCAAGUUCCUCAUGCUGGGCUCUGAUAGGGAGGACUGCAGCAGGACAAAGCAUUCUUCUGCACUGAAAGGCUUUUUCACAGCAGAACUUCAUUAAUGGAUCCCCCCCUGAUUCCUGGGGAUUUUUACUGUUACAUUUCUUGAAAUUAAUAUGUAUCUUCAAGUAUUUACAGGACAGUGGAGUUUUAAACGUUUACCCAGCUAGGGGGGUCUAACUAAAGACACUGAUGAGUUGUAUUAUAUGAAUUGUAGGAUCCAGUAUUUUUGGAGCUUGACCUAUAAGAAGAACUAAAAGUCAGGAUAUCUCGAAAUCUGUUGUAUCUAUUUUGACCACUCAGUUUUAAAUUAGUUUCUCAUAUCCCCCCUAUAGAAGUGCAAUAUAACAGUAAAUCGCUGGAGUACCACUUCAGAUAUCCUCUGACAUACAAAUCUGCUAAACCCGGGGGAUUUUCUUCAGCAAGGAAUUAUAUUGGUGCUCAAUAGUAGCUUUAGCCUUAAUUAAGUAAUGAAGUAGUAAGUCCCCACAAACCACUGCAUCCAAACUCUGAGGUUCUGUACAGAUUAUAUAAAUCUGGCCGGCUAUGUUUUUUUCUUUUGAGGAGACUUACAUUUAUACUUCAGGGUGAUUUUUAAUUUAUUUUGUGUGAAAUUGACUUAAAAUAUCAGGGCUUACCAUCUUCCCACUCGUUUCCCCUAGUUAAACAGUAGAAAUGUCCAGCUCUGUGAGUGGUUUCUAUAUGAAACAUUGCAUUAUUUGGACACGUCAGCAAUAACACAACAGCACAGUCGCUUGAGAAGAAAAUACUCCCAAGUCAGAAAGGUGUUUUAUGCAGCAGAAAAAAAUCUGUUUUAGUAACAGUAUUCCUUCAGCUGAAUGACGGUAAUGUAAAGAUAUCUGAUUUAUACACAUCAGUCAAAGGACCAGAAACCAAUAACAGAAAGGCUUAGCAAUACAUAUGCUAAGCCUUUUGUGUGCAAGCAAGCACCGGUGUACAUAAGUAGUAAAUAUAUAUUCUAUAACCAAUAAUAACCUAUUGAUUUAUAGUUUUCAGCUUACUGUGUAUAAUAACUGAAUGACUGCCUGGUUGUUUUUGGCCUGUAUAUAGCAAGAAUAUAAUAGACAUGGAUACACCUCAUUUAUAGUAACUGUAGGAAAAUAUUGUUUCACGUUACUUGAACAUUCACAUUUCGGUCAAUACUUAAACUCUACUGUGUAUACAUAAUCUUAAAUGGAGAUUGUAUACCAGUUAAUGAGAUGUUGGAGAAAUUAAAUGAUGAAUAUACGAUAUAGUAUUAUAGUAUUGAUGAUGCAAAUAAGGUGUUGUUCAAAUGAAGCACAAUGUUAUGUUUACCUGCAGGUAAUGACGCUUGCUACAUAAACUCAAAGGUUUCCAUGGCAACAUAUACUGUAGCUAUGCAUGGUUUUAGAGCGCUUUAAUAACUUCUGUAGUGAAAAGCCUCUUCACCUAGUUAACUGUUUGUGGACUCUUAUUGAAACAUUAUGUGAACUCACCUUUUGUGCCCAAUUACCUCAAAAAUUUUACAUUUUUGAGCUCAAAUAAAAAGAUAAAGCUGUCA